AUGGAAUUUGGGAACCCAGCAGCAUCAGGAUCUCGGCUGAUUUUUCCGUCGGAAUCUGGCGACGCGUUUCAAGCGCAUCGUAAAACGAUCAGAUCCGAACUACGCGAUACGUCAGUCAAAUCUAUACCCAUCCCAUCAAUGUGGUCUUACCAUACUGACGUCUCGAGGUUUGCUGUGCGAGCACGAGCAGCUAUAAUCGGUUGCACUCGAUUUCGGAGGAUGCUGCGUUUGUGUCCGAGCAAGUCAAAGCAGCUUUUCCCGACUUCCCUAUCGUUCGUGAGUGGAGGAUUAAUAAAUGUUUACAGCCAUGAUACUCACUGAUGGCUCCAUCGGACAUCUUGCAUUGCAGCGAAUCAACGGGCCGGAGCAUGGUACGUGAAGCCGGUUCCCGGGGAAGUUCGGCCCCACGCGUACUUCAAGUCGACCGAUGGCCACGCAGGGCAACACGACUUCAAUCUCAGAAGUGACUUUACAAACCAAUUUCUAUAG